CCCAGCGCAAAGCACAAGGCUCGAGUGCGGAGUGAAGUGAAAAAAAAGUGCGAGAGAGAGGGUGAGAGAAAGAGAAAAUAAAAACCACGGCUCCCGUCGUUCACGUCAAAGAUUCGGCUCUAAUUUCGUUCGCGACCGACACAUCACUAUUCUGAAGCAGUGUGUUGAUCUUUUUGGCACACGCACCGGAGCGUCAGCUUCAAGCGGACCAUCACUACCUCUCACGUCUAAAGCUGAUCAGCAGGAGGAGAAGAGUCUGACGGAGCAGCAGAGGAACAUUUUCAGCUACUUGGACUCAGCUCAGCCACUACAGAGAAAACAAUGAGCUCAACACAGAAGGACCAACAUGGACCAAGAAGUCAGCGCUCUCAGGAGGCCGACAAACCUCACAGAAGAAAGAGAGAGAAAACAUACAGCUGUGACGAGUGUGGGAAGGAUUUUUCCAGGAAGGAUUCCCUAAAACAACACCAACUCAUCCACAGUGGAAUUAAGGCAUACAGCUGUGACUUGUGUGGAAAGUCUUUUUCCAGGAAGGGUCACCUAAAGCAACACCAACUCAUCCACAGUGGAGUUAAAGCGUACAGCUGUGAUCAGUGUGGCAGAGCUUUUACUCACAGUGGCAGCUUAAAGAGUCAUCUAGUUACCCACUCUGGAAUUAAGGCAUACAGCUGUGACGAGUGUGGGAAGGAGUUUACUGAGAAGGCUAAACUAAAACUUCAUCAGGUCAUCCACACUGGAGAGAGACCGUUCAGCUGUGACUUGUGUGGAAAGUCUUUUUCCAGGAAGGAUUCCCUAAAACAACACCAACUCAUCCACAGUGGAGUUAAAGCGUACAGCUGUGAUCAGUGUGGCAGAGCUUUUACUCACAGUGGCAGCUUAAAGAGUCAUUUACUUAUCCACUCUGGAAUUAAGGCAUACAGCUGUGACGAGUGUGGGAAGGAUUUUGCUAUGAAGGCUAAACUAAAACUUCAUCAGGUCAUCCACACUGGAGAGAGACCGUUCAGCUGUGACUUGUGUGGAAAGUCUUUUUCCAGGAAGUCUCACCUACAACAACACCAACUCAUCCACAGUGGAGUUAAAGCGUACAGCUGUGAUCAGUGUGGCAGAGCUUUUACUCACAGUUGCAACUUACAGAAACAUCUAGUUACCCACUCUGGAAUUAAGGCAUACAGCUGUGACGAGUGUGGGAAGGAGUUUACUGAGAAGGCUAAACUAAAACAGCAUCAGAUCAUCCACACUGGAGAGAGACCGUUCAGCUGUGACUUGUGUGGAAAGUCUUUUUCCUUGAAGAUUUCCCUAAAACGACACCAACUCAUCCACAGUGGAGUUAAAGCGUACAGCUGUGAUCAGUGUGGCAGAGCUUUUACUCAAAGGGGUCACUUACAGAGUCAUCUAGUUACCCACUCUGGAAUUAAGGCAUACAGCUGUGACAUCUGUGGAAAAACUUUCAGCCAGAGAGGGCACCGAAAUACACACCUACGCAUUCACACCAGACAUGAUGUGUACUGCUGUGAACAAUGUAGCAAAGAGUUUACAACAGACGAAAAGUUACAACGACACAUGUUUACCCACACUGAGGGAAGACCUUAUAAAUGUGACCUGUGUGAGAAGACUUUUAAAUCUCCACAUUACCUGAGACGACACCAACAGAUCCACACCAGAAAGAGACUCUACAAGUGCAGUUACUGUGAGCAGAGCGACACAGAAGGAUCCAGUUCUCAACCCUGUCAUCACUGUGGUGGUGGGAAAGACUUUCGUUGUGACCUCUGUGGAAAAACUUUCAGUUGCCAAGCUGACCUAAAAACACAUCAACAUAGACACGCUGGAGACAAACUGAAAUACUGCAAAGAAUGUGGGAGAAGCUUCACCACAUCACGUGACUUAAAACGACAUGAACUGAUUCACAGUGGGGUUAAAAAGCACCUCUGUGAUCAGUGUGGGUCAUCCUUCACCACUGCAGGUGACCUUAAAACACACAAACGAGUCCACACAGGAGAGAAACCACACAAGCACACACAAGCACACAAACAUCAGCGUGAUCACUCAGGGCUGAAAUCUCUCCCAUCACUGGAUCACGGUGAAUCUGAAGAGACAGAAAGAUCCUCUGGUUUCAGAGUCAGACUCAAAAAGCUUGAGAUCAGGCUCCACAGAGUUCAGAUAGAAUCAUUUAAACUUGUGUUGAACUGAACUGGUUGCUGGGCUGAACUUCUACAUAAUACAGAUGCACAUGGGAUCUUAUUUUCUGUCGUUUUACUGAGUCAGUUUUGUCCUUUUUUCUCUCUCCUGGUUUCGCUCAUCUGUAAAUAAUUGAAGCUCAGUCAAAUAGUUCAUUGUUCUCCAGCAAAACGUUUUGGAAACUUAUGUUUAACCUUUAAAACUCUGACAUGUUUUAGCACACAAGGCUUCAUCGGGGAGUUCACUCAUGAUUGGACCAUGAGAAUAAAGGUUUUUAGUUCUUUCAAAGAGAGUCUUGGAGGUGUUUGAUGUUUUUGUUUUUUCUGAAACCACCUGAAAGAAAAACUAUUUUUCUUGCUUUAUGUAGUGUGGAAGUUGUUAAUGUUUCUUUCAUCUGUGAUGUUCUUGAAUGUGUUCACAUGAAGCUGGUACAAAUAAACUGUCCUUUUAGCUUUAGCUCCUAAUUUAUUCAUUAUUUAUGGAUGUAGCACAGCAGCAGUUUCUUGAUUUACACAUGGAGGGCUCGGGAUCUGAUGGUAAAUAAUGUUUUGUGUCCUUGUACACAUCAUACAGCUCAGCUGUUCCACAGAUGUCAGGUUUACACAGUGGGAUGGUUUGUAAGAACGCAGCUCUCCUGUGGAUAAAUCCUUACUCUUAGCCUCAGGACCUCACACAGUCCCAGCAGGUUUGGUCAGAAGAUUUAUCCCUUAUACCAAAACAUCACAGAGUCUCCUUUGCUGUGCUGUUUCCACAAAGAAACGUAAACUGAAGACCUGCACUUACAAUGUUUUAUUUAGUUUAGCAGAUUCAGUGUCUCCAUGAUCGAAUCUGCUGUUUUUGUCCUGCUGUUGGUAGCAAGCUGGUUAAUGCUGAAAUGAACUGGCUGCAUGCGUCUCUGAAUGUAAAUUGGUGCACUAUUAAUAGAUCACUCUGGAACGGUGUCAUCACCCUAAUUUGUCCACUUAGUAAAUCUCACUCAUGGCCAAGAAAUUGAAAUAAAUCUUGUUUCCCUGCUGGAUAGUGAUCCACUGUAACUCUGCUCCUCCUUCCUGUUUAGGAUUUCUGUGACUGAAGUAAAAUUCCCUCCAUCCAUCACUUAUCCCAGCUAACCCAAAGUGAAAUAAAGUUUUGCC